AUGGCGCUCAAUUCAACGCCGGCCAUUGCUUGCAUUGGCAUCAUUGGCAAACAUGCAAGCUCUCUGCCAUCCUGUUGCCUUGCGACAGACAACCCUCUGCACAUCUCCCUCUUCCCACCUCACCAAGAUGAAGACCUAGACAUGACAUUCCUGCUCAACUCAUGUCUCGACAUAUUCGACCUCCGUGCACGAUCGAAGACCCUUGAUCAAGAUCUCGGACUUCUGCAAGCGAUCGACGAGCGCCUGGCCGCUUAUGGCUGGCUUACCAACACUGGUAUCAAGUUUAUCAUUGUGGUUGACAUGAUGGGGCGUCCACCGCCGCCGGACGAAAACAAGAGGAGGUUCCCGCCUGUUGUAGGCUUGCGGGAUGCCGAAUUGAAACCUGCCUUUCGGGCUGUGCAGACUGCGUACAUCCAGCUCAUGCUGAACCCAUUCUAUUCGCCCGAUCACCGGACGCCGCUCCAGAUCGCCAACUAUGGGGACAAGAGCCCGGAAAUCACAAGCAAGAGAUUCAUUAACGAGCUGCAACGGAUUGGCAAGAUAUGGACACCGGGGAUCACAAGCAUUUGA